AUGGGCCACGCUCUAGACCGCCCCGGGCCUGCGACUGUCAAGAUGCGAGGAUGCUCUUCUCUUUCCCCUUCGAGGCUCACUUGCAGAUGUCGACUCACACUUCGUGAGGCCCAGCGGGCGGGUCCCCCAUCGCCUGGGGACGUGGGCUGCUGGCUUAAGCGCGGAGACGAGGAUGACUGGGGUGCUGGAUGA